UGCUCCGACCUCUGCCGCCCCUGCGGACCCACCCCGCUGGCUAACAGCUGCAACGAGCCCUGUGUCAGGCAGUGCGAGGACUCCCGCGUCGUCAUCCAGCCUUCCACCGUGGUGGUCACCCUGCCAGGACCCAUCCUCAGCUCCUUCCCCCAGAGCACCGCCGUCGGAUCCUCCUCAUCGGCUGCCGUGGGCAACGUCCUCAGCUCCCAGGGAGUGCCCGUCUCCUCCGGAGGCUUCGGCUUCGGCUACGGCUACGGCUUGGGCGGCCUGGGCUGCUUCGGCGCCGGAAGGGGCUGCUACCCCUGCUAAGGGCCCUUGACACACGAGCUCAACAUCAACGGCUCCUCCUCUCUAUGCAAUAAAUAAGGAAGCAAGGAUGGGGUAGCUGUGGUUUCCUGGAAACUUGACCCAUGUGCCUCCUCCUGUUCUCCAACUGUCUUCUUUGCAUCCGCCUUCCUGCUAUGUCCAAUAUUCUCCGCUGCAAACACCUUCUCAGCAGAGAAAUGCCAUCAAGGCCUCUGGUGGGAU